CAGAGCAGGGGCUGGCCCGGGUUUUAAUUUUGGCGGGUUCCGCGAUAGACUGGGACUUGUUGCUGGCGCCGGCCAAGAUUCUACAGUACUCAUCCUCCUGACCAUCUAAUCCUCCUUCAGUUCCUGGUCACAAUCGUUCUCUUGAUAGCAUGGAUGUGGAGGAAGAUGAUUUGUCUUUGCUGAUGGCUCUGCUGGAGGAGAAUGAGUCAGCCUUGGCUUGUGAUUCUGAAGAAACCAACUACUCGCCCCAGGAAGAUGGUAAACCUGACACCUUUGAUGAACUCUUUGAUGCUGAUGGCGAUGAUGAAUCGUAUACAGAAGAGGCUGAUGAUGAAGUGGGAAAGACAGAAGACCAGAAAGAAAAUUUGGCCACUCUCUUUGGGGACAUGGGGGACUUAACAGAUGAGGAAGAAGUUCCUACAUUGCAAUCAACUGAAAACAAGGUCCUCCUGGCUCCUGCACCUAGUCAAGAGAAAACCAAUCAGGAGUUACAAGAUGAAUUAAAGAAGUUGCAAGAACAGAUGAAGUCCUUACAGGAACAGCUAAAAGCAGCAUCACUUAAACAGCCUGCAAAUCCAGUCCUUCUGCCUAAAUCCCCUGAAAGUAAGCCUCCACGACCCCCUCUUAAGGAGAAGAAAGUUCAGAGAAUUCAGGAAUCAACAUGCUUUUCUGCAGAACUUGAUGUUCCUGCCCUACCAAGAACCAAGCGGGUAGCUCGGACACCAAAGACUUCUCCUACAGGUAACUUUCUAAAGGCCAAGAGCUCAUUUUCAAGGAUGACAUGUGCACCCUCCCAACCACUCCAAAAUGUUCCUGGGAACAAAACCAGUGGGAUGACUAGAGUCCAGAGCUUGGGGACACCAGAGAAUUCUGGGGCACCAACUCAGCAAGUCUCUGUGGAAACCUUCUCUGGCUUGCGACUCAGGCGACCUCGAGUAUCCUCCACAGAAAUGAACAAGAAAAUGACUGGCCGGAAAUUGAUCAGACUGUCUCAGAUAAAGGAAAAGAUGGCAAGUGAGAAACUGGAAGAAAUGGACUGGGUAACAUUUGGGGUUAUAGUGAAGAAAGUCACUCCACAGAGUACUAACAAUGGGAAAACAUUUAGCAUCUGGCGACUGAAUGAUCUUCGUGACCUGACACGAUAUGUGUCAUUAUUCUUGUUUGGAGAAGUUCACAAAGGACUCUGGAAAACGGAGCAAGGCACUGUCAUAGGAUUACUAAAUGCUAACCCCAUGAAGCCCAAGGAUGGUUCAGAGGAGGUAUGCUUAUCUAUUGAUCAUCCUCAGAAGGUCUUAAUUAUGGGUGAAGCUCUUGACUUGGGAACAUGUAAAGCCAAGAAGAAGAAUGGAGAGCCUUGUACACAGACUGUUAAUUUGAAUGACUGUGAGUACUGUCAGUAUCACAUCCAGGCUCAGUACAAGAAGCUCAGUGCAAAGCGAGCUGAUUUGCAAUCCACCUUCUCCGGAGGUCGUAUUCCAAAGAAAUUUGCGCGCAAAGGUGCCAGCCUAAAAGAGCGACUGUGUCAAGAUGGCUUUUACUACGGAGGAGUUUCUUCUGCAUCCUAUGCAGCUUCCAUUGCUGCGGUUGUUGCUCCUAAGAAGAAGAUUCAAACCACUCUAAGUAAUCUGGUUGUGAAGGGCGCAGACUUGAUCGUUCAGGAAACUCAGCAAAAACUCGGAAUACCCCAGAAGGCCUUGUCUUGCUCUGAGGAGUUCAGGGAACUGAUGGACCUGCCAACCUUUGGAGCCAGAAACUUAAAACAACACUUAGCCAAAGCCAAGGCUUCAGGGAUCAUGGGAAGCCCAAAACCCGCCAUCCAGUCCAUCUCGGCAUCAGCCCUUCUGAAGCAACAGAAGCAGCAAAUGUUAGAGAUGAGGAAGAGGAAAUCAGAAGAAAUCCAGAAACGAUUUCUUCAAAACUCCAAUGAAGUCCAGAGCCCAGCUGUUCCACGCUCACCUCAUCUUCCCACUGUUCAGUCUCCACGAACAGGGGCCAAGUUCCCAGGGCUGGAAGGCACAUCAGCUGCACAGGUGCCUAAACUUGGCCGAGGCAUCUCAGAAGGGGAAGAUGUUCUCUUUUUUGAUGAGUCACCACCUCCGAGACCAAAACUGAGUGCACUUGCAGAAGCUAAAAAGUUAGCUGCUAUCUCCAAAUUAAGGGCAAAAGGCCGAAUUCUUACAAAAACGGAUCCAAACAACAUUACAAGGAAACAAAAGGACCCCCAGAAUGUCCUGGAAGUGAAGAAUCGUGUAGAAAAGAACAAUGCAUUUUCUCCUCAAGCUGAGGAUGAAUUGGAGCCUGCCAGGAAGAAAAGGCGAGAGCAGCUCACUUACCUGGAAUCUGAGGAAUUUCAGAAAAUUCUAAAAGCAAAAUCAAAGCACACAGACAUCCAGAAGGAGCUGGAGGCUGAGCUGCAGGAAUGCUACUUUGAGCCACUGGUGAAAAAAGAACAAAUGGAAGAGAAGAUGAGAAGCAUCCGAGAAGUGAAGUGUCGAGUAGUGACCUGUAAGACGUGCGCCUACACCCACUUCAAACCUUUGGAGACCUGUGUCAGCGAGCAGCAUGACUACCACUGGCAUGACGGUGUCAAGAGGUUUUUCAAGUGUCCCUGUGGAAACAGAAGCAUCUCCCUUGACAGACUCCCAAAGAAGCACUGCAGUAAUUGUGGCCUCUACAAAUGGGAACGAGAUGGUAUGCUAAAGGAAAAGACUGGUCCAAAGAUAGGAGGAGAAACCCUGUUGCCAAGAGGAGAAGAACAUGCCAAAUUUCUAAAUAGCCUUAAAUGACCAUAAUUUCAGGCAUUUUUCCACAACCUGUCUUGCUUUUUGUGGCUCUAGAAAAGCAAGGGACUGGCUCUGUAUUGCCCAUGCUUCUGAUUGACCCCAUUAGAAACAAAUGCUUAUUAAUAAGCCCAUCAACUUUCCUUAGUUACUUUCCUCCAUUGUGUUAAUUUGACACCAAAUUUAAAUUUGACUUAAAAAUGGAAAAUCAAGAUAUCAUGGUCUCUCCUGUUCUCACUUCAGAUGACUGCAUUACUGCAUUUGCAUAAAUUUUUGGAUUUACUCCUUGGUUACAGUAAAUCUUGGAGGACUUUCCUUUGAGUUGAUUUAGAGUAUUCAUGAAUGAGCAAGG